UUACCCUUCAUCAACUUUACCUUCACUUACUACGCUCAUCACAUCACAACAACAACUACCGUACCCGCCAUACACAUUCGACAGCAAUGGCUGCCAAAAUAGCCGUUGUUGGCAAUGUCAACGGCCAAUACCCAGCAGUAUUCCAGAAGCUGGGCGCUUUGCAAGAAAAGCAGAACUUCGCCUUCGCCCUUGUGGUGGGCAACUUGUUCGCGGACCCCGCGACAUCUACAGAAGAAGAUGAGAAGAAUCUCACUUCACUCAUCAAUGGGAACAUCAAAGUCCCAUUCACAACUUACUUCGCAUUGGCGGGCUCCUCAUUCCCACCAUCAGUGGUGGCGAGGCUGGAGGCUAACGCCGACGACAUCUGCGAAAAUCUUCACUUUCUCGGAAAACGAUCCGUCAUGAAGACCUCGGAGGGAAUCCGCAUCGUCACUCUAGGGGGUCAUCUAGACCCGAACAUCAUCGCAGGUGAAUCGAAAGACAAGUAUCCACCAUAUUACAGCGAAACAGAUGCCAAGAUCCUCCGAGGAGCUGUCUCAGCGGACAUUCUUAUUACCCAUGAGUGGCCAACUGGAAUUCGAAAUCGUUCCAAAAACCCCUUCGACGCGGAGCAGGAGCCGCAGUCGCAACAAUGCCUGGCCGAUCUGGCCACUGUCUUGAAGCCAAAGUAUCACUUUUCGGCAGCAAGUGAGGCGUUCUAUGAACGCGAGCCGUUCUUUCACGUCCCCAGUGAAGAAACCGAGAACCUCUAUCCCAUCACGAGGUUCAUAAGUCUUGCAUCAUACGGCAACCCCAACAAGCAGAAGUGGAUCUAUGCUUUCAGUCUGGACCCCAAGGCCAGCAACCCCGUGUCCCCACCUGAAAACGCAACCGCCUCUCCACUCAUCCAUUCCGAUAAGAAGCGGUCCGCGGCCCAGGAGUACCAAGGAUCUGGCCUUGUCUACGAAACCUCAUCUCGGGGAGGCGGCGGGCGCGGCCGUCCAAACAAGCGCCGACGCGGCAACGCCCACAACCGCCACGGACCACUCUCGGCAUCAGAAUGCUUCUUCUGUCUCGCAAACCCAGACACCGCCACUCACCUCGUCACCUCCAUCGGCGACGCCUCCUACCUCACAACCGCAAAAGGACCAUUGCCAACUCCAACUACAUACCCAAAGUUGGGCUUCCCCUCUCACAUUCUCAUCAUCCCGUUCGAACACCAGCCCACUCUUGCCGCCAUGCCAGAAGACGAACGACACGUGACAUACGCGGAGAUGGUGAAAUACCGCUCCGCGAUGAACGCCAUGCUCAAGUCACGGGCAGGCAACGACCUAGGCUCCAUCACGUGGGAAGUCAGCAAGGCCAGCCUACCCCAUACACACUGGCAAUACCUUCCCGUGGAGGCGUCGCUCAUCCGCAGCGGCCUCGUGGAAGCCGGCUUCAAGGCGCUUGCGGAGAACUUGCACUGGCCGUCGAUCGAGAAGGCGGACGUCGGCGACGGCGUGGAGGAGACGACGGAUUUCUUCCGCUUCGUGCUGUGGGACCCGGAGGACGAGGUCGAGACAAGCUUCGUCAUGCGCUUCGACGAGAGAAUCAAGUUCCACAAUCAGUUCGGCCGUGAGGUAUUAGCCAAGCUUAUGGCGCUGGAUAACAGGGUCGACUGGCACGAAUGCGGACAGACGCAGCAGGAGGAGGAGGCAGAUGUCGCGGCGUUUAAGACCGCGUUCGAGGAGUUUGACUUCGCGUAGUUGCGCUCGUACUUCACCUCAACGUCAAGAACCAUGUGUAAAAGUAUCAAAUGUUACAAUACCAAUCACAAUAAUGAUAAUAAGAAUAAG